AUGGACGACGUCUUUCUCAAGCACAAGCAGCAGACGGACGACGACGACAAGGAUCUCGAGAACCUCAUUUUCAACAGCGACACCAAGGAACUGGAACCGCAGAAGCCGCUACAAGAAGAGGACAAGGACGAGCUGAACGGACCCGUACAGAAGGAGCAGGCAGUACCGAUGCAAAUGCAGGACAGCGACUCGGACGAGAACGAUGCGGCCACGCAGUCGACGGCUAAAGGGGCCGAUCGCUCGUCGCUGAACAACGUGCUGCCUGUGGACAAGCUCAAGAAUGGCGCGACUACGGCCUCCAAGGUGUUUGGUCAGACGUUUUCGAUGUUUAAAGAAAAGUCCGGGGCAGCGCUCGAAGCGGCGAAAGCGUCUAAUGCUGGCAAGACGAUUGCUGGCGGAUUGAGCAAUGCUGCUACGGCUAGUCAAGAGAAGUACGGGAAGUUGAAAGGGACGGAUGCUUUCAAGAAGUCCACGACGAUGGCGAGCGACGCCUACGAGCGGACGUCUCUAGUUGCAUCGGGUGCUUUGGAAAAGGCACGUGCUGCGUCGUCGUCUGGGUUGGAGAUGGCAAAGCACACUGCUGCUGCUAGUAUUGAGACGAUCAAGUCGAAGACAGGCAGCAAAAAGGGCGGUGAGAAUUAG